GGGCUGUACCCUGCACGGGGCUCCCAAAUGUCAGACUCGCUGCUCAACCACUCCUGGCCAUCGUUUUCCAAGCACUGGAAGAAGAGAUGGUCCUUUAAGCGAGGGUCUGACUGCAAGCCAUGUUUACGGGAAUUCACUGAUCACCGCACUCCUGCUUUGGAGUAUCCCACCCUCAAAAGCUUCCUCCCAUCCCUCAUUGCUGAGGAUGACUCCUUCUGCACCAACAUGGCUGAAGAGAAGGAGGAUUCAUCUUCCACAGAGCUGGAUGUGCCAGCAGCAGACUCGCACAGCAGCACGGAGGAUCUCCUCUCAGACUCUGCUCUCCACGGCACUGAGUAUUACAAAGAUCUGGGGCUCCUGAGCGCGCCCAUUGCCAAAACAGCUCCAGAGAUGGCAGCACAGCCAGAAGAAGGAUCCCAGGCCGUGCCUGUUGUUUGCUUAUUGGAAGAGAGACCAGGAACUCUGAGCAAACUGUCUGUGGAUGUUGCUUUCUCCAACCCCAUUUCCUGCUUGAUGCGUUACGGCGAGGCCAAAUGCUGCUUUCUCAACAAAGGCCACGUGUGCCCCUGUGCAGCGGGGCCAGGAGAUGGAACCAGCACUCCCGAGUGUCCUGCAGAGGCAGACAAGGAGCUGGACCUGCGGGAGGCCCAGGAUUCCUUCCCCACACUGGUGAGAUCUAUGUCCACCUCUCGGAGGCACAGUUGGGAGAGGCCUUUGUCACCAGUGGACUGCAAGCGCAGGUUCAGCCUGGAUGUCACAGAGAUGGGCAGUGACCCAGAGCAGGAGGAUGUGGGGAAGAGAAGCCAGUCCUGCCCACAGCCUCACGUGUCCCUUCAGCUGCCCAAAGGGGUGCUGGGAGCCUGGAGCAGUAGCAGGGCUGGCACAGUGAUCAAAGUGGAGAUAGAGUCGCUGCUCCCGAAGCUCACGGUGGGCCCCAGCCUGCAGGAGGUGAAAUGUGUCAACAAUGGGAAGAGACUGAGGUCCAAGUCUGUCCCAGCAGCCUGUGAGACCGUUGCCUCCCCUCAGAUACCUCUCAGUUUCAACACUUCUCUUCCAGUUGUGGAAGGUGUUGAACCCCCUGCUCUGGAGGUGCUGGAGAAGGACCACGUGUCCCCAGACCAUGUCUUAAAUGUCCAGAAGGUUCUUCAGGAGCUGAAACAUUACCAUGGGGUGAAGCAGAGAGCUUGUGUGCAAGAAGGCAGUGACUCUUCCCAGCAGAACAUCACUUGGUUUGAGUUCCUGUCUAAUGAAAAUGAGGACAGUGGGAAGAGCGAUAAAGCAGAGAAAGGCACAAAGGUGAUGAGACGCCUGAGUUCCCUACGGAGCCGAGUCACUGGAUCCUGGCAGAAGGAUAAGGGUAAGAACAAAGAGCAACCAAAGGAGAGAGAGAAGGAGAAAGACACGAAGGAGCCAAAAGAGAGGUGGAAAGAGAUCAGUGGGCACCAGCUUGUGCCAGGGGUUUUCUCCAGCUGCACCAGCUGCUCACUGUGUGCCAAACCUCUUGUGAAUAAAAGUGGUCUGCAGUGUCUGAAUUGUGCAGUGAAUGUCCAUAAGAACUGCAGGAGUUUGCUGGCUGAAUGCAGCAGCAUCAGACCCAAGCAGAAAGAUUUGCAGCACAGACCUUCUGGAUCUUCACAAAGUUCGCCCCAGUGCAUUUCCCCAGCCACUUCCCUGAAAGAGCAGCCCCGAAGUCUCCUCCUGGGAGCGGAUGGCACCCCAGCACUGUCCCGGAACCUCGGCAUGACUAUUGCCCAGAGAGGGAACUCUCAGGCUUCACUGAACGCUGCUAGAGCUGUUAGUAAAUUUGGACUGAUUGCAGGAGACAUGGAUGAAGGGGAUUCAGGCUUUAUAAAAUUUAAGCAGACUUCAGAUGACGUUGUCUCGCUUGCACCUUCAACAGCAGACUCCAUUUUUCUGGAAGAUGCGUAUUCUGUGUCCCUCCGGAGUGAAAUAGAAACAGAUGCUCAUGAGUUUGAGGCAGAGUCUUGGAGCGUUGCAGUGGAACAAGCUUAUGCAAAUAGACACAAAAAUGUUAAAAAAAGGCAAGAUGUCAUUUAUGAACUAAUGCAGACUGAAAUGCACCAUGUUAGAACACUGAAAAUCAUGCUGAAGGUGUACUCCAAAGCCAUGAGAGAGGAGCUGCAGUUCCCAAAUGUAGUGAUCAACAAGCUCUUUCCCUGUGUGGAUGAGCUGCUGGAGAUGCACGGGCAAUUCCUGCUCCAGUUAAAGGAGCGACGGAAGGAAUCCUUGGAAGAAGGCAGUGACCAGAAUUAUAUAAUCCAGAACAUUGGGGACCUCUUGGUAAAACAGUUUUCAGGUGAAAAUGGGGAGAGAAUGAAAGAAAAAUACGGUGUGUUCUGUUGUGGACACAAUGAAGCUGUUAGUCACUAUAAAGACCUGCUCCAAAGCAAUAAGAAAUUCCAAAACUUAAUAAAGAAAAUUGGGAACUGUCCCAUUGUGAGGAGACUCGGUGUCCAGGAGUGCAUCCUCCUGGUGACCCAGCGCAUCACCAAGUACCCGGUGCUGGUGGAACGGAUCAUUCAGAACACAGAAGCUGGAACUAGAGAUUAUGAAGAGCUGACCCAGGCCCUUAGUUUAAUUAAGGACACCAUCACUCAUGUAGAUGCCAUGGUAAAUGAGUGUGAGAAGGGGCAGCGACUUAAGGAGAUUAUGCACAAAAUGGAGGUGAAGUCAUCUGGGAAAUGCAAGAAUGGGCUUUUUUUCCGGAAGGAUGACAUGGGACAGAGGAGGCUCCUCCUGGAUGGGAUGCUGUACUGGAAAGCUGCAUCAGGGAGACUCAAAGAUAUUCUGGCAGUUCUGCUAACUGACGUACUGUUGCUCUUACAAGAAAAGGACCAAAAAUACACAUUUGCAUCAGUGGACUCUAAACCACCAGUUAUCUCAUUACAAAAGCUGAUUGUGAGAGAGGUGGCUAAUGAGGAAAAGGCAAUGUUUUUAAUUAGUGCUUCCUUAAAAGGACCAGAAAUGUAUGAAAUUCACACCAGCUCCAAAGAGGAGAGGAAUUCCUGGAUGGCACACAUCCGCAGGGCUGUGGAAAGCUGUCCUGAUGAAGAAGGAGGAACAUUUAAUGAACCUGAAGCAGAGAGGAGGAUGGCUGAAGCAAGAGCUGCAAAGUUAAAAGAUUUUCAAGAGCGUUUGAACAUGAAAGACGACCUGAUUCUGCAAAGUCUGACUGAGAAGCAACAGAUCUAUGCAGAAAUGUCUGAAAUGAAUGGCUUUGAAGACCAUUCCCAAGGAUCCCGAGCUCGGCUGCUUUUUCGGGGAGAUAUCUCAGAAAACCUGCAAGGAGAGACGAUUUUGAAGUCUGCAGUGACUGAAGCUGAAAACCUCCAGGACCUUAUCUUCACUCACUUUGGCAGUGGAUCCUGUCAGCCUGAGGAUGGCUCUGGGUCAGGACUCGCCCGGAGAGUAGAGACCUUUGGAGGACAUGACAGUAGUCCCUCAGUUUCAAGUAAAAGUGGUAGGAAGAACAGUGCUGGUGACCAGAGACAGUGGGACUGGAGAGCCCCUGCAGCAAGUUCAGAUGUGCAAGUCCAUGACCUCCCUUCUGAUGCAGAAGAAGGAUCUCAAACCAGUGAUGGAAUGAGGCUGGAUGAGAGCAGUGGUUUUCAGCCUACCAUAGAGGCACAGCUUGUGCAAAGGAUACAAACACUGUUACAGUUGCUCUUCAGCCUUCAGGCAGUGAUAUCUCAGCAGGACAGUUACAUUGAGGUGCAGAGAGCCACCGCCACCAUGGCAGACCGGGAGAAACAAUACCGGCUGCAGUCCACCCGAGGGAAUCUGCUGCUGGAGCAGGAGAAACAGAGGAACUUGGAAAAGCAGAGGGAAGAACUGAUGAAUGUCCAGAAGCUUCAGAACCAGCUGAAGCUGGAGCAGCAGCGCCUGGAGCGGGAAAGGAGUCGGCAGCAGAGGGAGUUUGAAAUCAGGGAAGCUCGACUGCAGGAGCGCGAGGAGGAGGCUCGGCAGAAGUUGGAGAAGGUGAAUCAGGACAGGGAAGAACUGGACAGGCAGCAAGAAGCCUAUCAGCACAACCUGGAGAGGCUGAGGGAAGCCCAGAGAGCAGUCGAGAAAGAAAAAGAGCGUCUGGAUCAGCUGAGGAAGCUGAAGAAGCAGAACACAGUGUCAGGCACGUUCUCCCCAGAAAUGGGCCAGAGCCAGAUGCUGAGUCAUUCCAUCAGCUUCAACGGGGAAGGAGUAGAACCCUCUCCACCUAUGCUGAAAUCCUCUGUGAGAGUGAGUGUGGCUGGGCUGGAUUACCUGGAGCGGCCGGACUUGGUCCGCAGGGACAGCACCACCCUGGAGAACCGGCCCGUUCUGGCCCUCAAGAAUGAAGUGCCAAUACAUCUCUUGAGUGCAACCAACCAGAUCCAGAAACCAGCUGCAGUCCAGCAGCAGAUCCCUACCAAGCUGGCCACCUUUACAAAAGGAAGCAAGGAGAAAGGUGGGAAGAACAAAGCAUCUCAGAGGACAGACAGUUCAGCAUCUGUUGAUCAGAAGCAGCUGCUUCCCCCCAGGCUUGUUGCACGAGAGGAGGGUGUCCUAAGAAGCAGACGGUCAGCAAGCCCAGUCCUCCCGAGCAGCCAGACCACUGCAUUCCAGCCAGAAUUGUAUGGCCCCACAGAUGCUCAACCAGAAGCACUUUCACCUGCCUCAGCGAACCUAUUCAAGCCCAAUAACGUUCAGGUUCAGACCCUGGUGACCUCUCAGCCAAGUCUGUUGAAUGUGCAAGAUGAUACCAGCAAAGAAGAUGUAAUUUUCUUCUAAUUGUUUCCAUUUAAAGAUGAAUCUCCUGACACACUGUUUCAAGAACUCAGGCCCCAGUGUGCACCGUGAUGGAGACCCGACAUGGAUGUCUUCUCGUCCUUGCCCAGUUACUACUAGCAAGGACCAGACCAGGAUUAACUCUCCUACUUUCCUGGCUUUUCUGCCAGCAGCUCAGAAUGAGGGCACAGUAGUAACAAUUUGCUUUCAAAUUCUCCAAACAUGGAAAUGUAUUGACACAUGGCAUGGAUAUAUCAAUUCAGAGCAUGGUAAAAAAUACUGCCAUUUAUUGCAAUGUGCUCUUUUUGGAGAAUGUACACUCUUUGUGGGCACCAUCUUGUGAAUUGUUAUCAGUGAUGUUGAACUGAUAACAUCACACAGGUUUUUAUGUAAAAAGUUUUAGUAGUUGGCCCCAGAAUGGCUGCAUAUUUUGAAAUCUGUUUUCCCAGAUCCAGGUCCAGGUCCAGGUCAGUACUGGGUUGUUGGUAAUUAGGUGACAGUGAGCCAGUCUCCUUCCAGCCAGGUGUACCAGGCACUGUGAGCCCAGUGGGACCAGCCUAGUGGCCAGGUACAGGGAAAGAGAAGGUAAGGUGAGCUUCUGACAGCGUCUUCAAGGCAGGAGGAGGAGGAGGAUUGGACAUGUGAGGAUUCACAGCAGUGAUGAAGAGUUGGACUGAAUGCAUAUUUCAUUGGCUACCAGCAUGGGCUGGGAUCUAUCUCUGUGUUGAUGAGAGCAGUGCAGGUACCCAGGCAAUACUUAUGGCUUGGUUCAGAAUGAGCUUAGAGACUUGGAUUUUGCUCUUAGCUGAAGACAUGUCUAAGAAGCUUUUGAAUGCAGUAAUUUAUUGUCUUGUUUAAUCCUGUUUUCUGCAUCUUUUGUUUGUCUGUUAAUUUGUGGGGACUUUACUCCCAGUACCAGAAGAUAUCAAAGCUGCUGUUACUGCAGAGACUUCUCUGCAGCAUUGUGUUAGGAAUGAAGGGAAUAAAAACUGUUUGGUUUUAAAAUUUAAAAAAAAAAAAUAAUAAAAAAAUACUCUUAGCUAAACCUGUGUUUAGCUGCUGUUAGCUAAACCAGCUUUGAUACCUCUUGUUAAAUGGGUCAGUUCUUGAUCAUGCGAUGGUGAUGACAGUAAAUGUUCUGCUGAAAAGGCAUUAUUUUCCUUUGUAGUGAUUUGCACAGUUGUUUUGUGUUGUAUUUUUCACUCUGUAUCUCAGAUCCUUUUUACACACCUCACCCAGGGAUGUGCAUUCUGGUAUAUGUUGAAUGUGGCUGGUCAGAUUUAUGAUGCACGGGAGAGAUUGUUUAGGAGUAUUGUUACAGAAUUAAAGAAAUCAGUAUCUCAGAGCUUAAAAACUUGGAUUAAUACCUUUCUGAGCAUGAUUGAUAAUAACUAUUUUUAUAUCUUCCACUCUGAUUUAAAGUGAUUUUUAGCAGCAGUGGAUGGAAGGCCUGGUCAGUUCUCCAUCCAUGGCAAUUGAUCCAAUGGAGUUUGCCAGUCUCAAAUCAUUGAGCUGUCUCUGGUUAGGCCCUGUGUGAUGUUAGUAAUGUCUUUAAGGCUGUAACUUCACUUUGCUUGAGAGUUUAAAAAUUAUUGCAGUAGUUACAGUGCAAGAAACAUUAUAAAUUUUCAGCAGAAAACAUAGAGUUUAUUUUCAAGUGGUGAUAAUUUGGGUUAUUGUCUUCAAAUGAGAAAUUAAAAAACCUAAAUUCACUGGUCAGGGGAAAAGAUAAGCCACAAAAUAGUGAAUUGGUCUUUGGGACAAGCACUCCUGCUGGAACACUUGUUGGAUUUAAGGGUCUUUUUCUUUGCUAUGUGAUACUGGUACAAACCUGAGGCAAUGGCACUGAGUUCAGUGAGAGGAAACUCGGAACCACGUGGCUCGUUACCACACUGCGGAUGCUCCCCCAGCUUCCAACAAAGCAGUGCUGUGAAACUGGGCACACUUUGCUGUGAAGGACUGCUUGGUAAAUCAGCAGCACUGCAAAAUUUACACAUGGUGAUUUUUGUGUUGUUGUGAUACAGUGUUGGUUAGAACAUAAUUCUACCCUAUAUUCAGUUUUGUGUUUCUAAAAGUUAGAUUGGAAUGGAGGGGAGUUCUUAAAAUCAGCGUAACUUCUGAUCAAGCCAGCAGUGUGAGAUCCAACAGUCCAGUCACCUCUGCUUCCCUGUGAUUUCUCCUGGAAGCACACAGGGAAGCAGCAGGAAUGCACUGUAUGUUCUUCCCUUCAUGCUGUGGUUUGGGCCACUCCUAGUGAAAACUCAGUGCCCCCUUUGCCUUAAAUUACCAGGUUUUUAGGAGUUUUAGCCUAAAGCUAAGUUGCAUCAGUGGAAUAAACCACCUCAACUAAAAAGGAUGUCAGUUUGGGUGUUUGGAAACAAUUUUUGGAAACAUUUCUUUAGUUUAAUUUUGUGCCUGUCCUAAAGUAUGGCUGGAGCAGCUCAUUGUCUGCUUUCUACUUCUGUGCAAUGGAUGAAUUUGAAUGUAGAACAGUGACAUCUGGAAAGUAAAGUCUGCAGUGAGGUCUCAUUUCUUUUAAUGUUUUAACUUAAACAUAAUUAUAUUAAUACUCAUUGUCAGCAGUACUUUGAAUAAGUUUUGGCUGUUAAUAAAUGGACCCAGGCCCAUGACAGGCCAGGCCGUUUUUCAACCCCAAAAGCCCCUUGGAAUAUGGGUCUUCAAUCUGUAAUAGGGAAAUGACCUUAAAAGUAAUUUUCUGACUUCAGUCCACAUGUCUGGCUGCAGUUGGCUUUAUGAAACCUGUUUUCACCCAGAAUUGAGACAGCAUCUUCUCUCACUUGGGUGUGGAUCAUGGGUAUUGGUGUGGCUUCCUGCUUGGGACUGGACCCAGCUUAGAGAAGGUUCUGGAAUUAGCAGGUGUUGUGAUACCUCAUUGCUAGUCCAGGGUUACCCUACCAGAGCAUAGGCAGGUGAUUCGUGGAAGGCUGAGGGAAGCAAGUGAAUUAUUUUCUUUACAUAAAUAUGAUUUUCUUUAAAUGAAUAAAAAGCCUCUUCACUUGUGCAAAACUGAAUCUGUGAAAUUGUUAUCAAACCACUCCAGCUGAGUAACUUGUUUUGGACUCUCUGCUCAGGUCUUGGUCCUAGAAAAAUAACUCUUCUAGGCAAAUUAGUUCGCAAAAUACUGCUGUGUCCUGGGCUAAGUAACCUGCUAUUGAUUCUGAGUCACGUCCUUUCCAUUGGACUUUUCAAUCACUUCAGAUAAAAGUUUUCUUUUAAGUGAUUUCUGAGGAUUAGACAGUUCAAAAUUCUGUGCCUCCCAGGUGCCUUUUGGCUUCUCCCUGAGCUGGGGUGUGGAGGAAAUGCCAGCGUGAGCUUUGAAUUGCCACCGUGUUUGCUUGGUGUCACAGCCUUAAAAUUAGCAGCAUGUUUGUCCUUUAAUAUUGUGCUGUUGCAGAGUAGAGGCUGUUUCUGUGGUUCUGAUUUCAAUUUGGAUGCUGGUGUAAAGGAGGCUUCCUCUUUCUCUUCCCACCUGGAAUGUGGUCAUCCUUGUGUUCCAGGCUGAGGAUCCCUCCGUGGUCACUAGUGCUGAGCACAGCUGCCCUGUGUGUGUUGUGAAAGCUUCCCUAGUUUUUAACUGUGCUGUCUGUGGAUUGUAGCUGUGGCCUGUCCCACAAAUUGAGAUCGCUCAUCAUCCCCCAGCAUGAGGCAGAAGAAUUGGUAUUCCUAGAGUUGCUUGCUCAUCCAGGUACUUGCAUUCCUGCACAGGUAGGAGCCAUUUCUAAAUAAUUUGCAGGCAGUUUUGUCUUGCUGAGUAAUAGUCAGAUGAUCCUGCAUACAUGGAGCUUGGUGUUUGUCAUUUGCAUUUAUGAUGAAAGCUGAAGCUUAAACUAGGAAAGGGUUAAAAAUCCGUAUUUUGUUUCUCUUCUAACUCUGCAGAAUGGGAGCUGUGGCUCCCUGGUGCUGCUCAGUGGAGUCCCUGUGUGUUGUGCCCCUGUGCGAGGGAAUUUGGAGAUUUUGUUGUCUUCCCCAGCAGUUCUCACAUCUACAAGGAAACAAAUCUUGAUGCCAGGUUACACAUGUGCUGUAGGUAAAGCCAAGCCUCUCCCCUGCUCUGAGACCAGACUCGACAUCUCCGUAACCACUGGCAACUUCAUCACUCACCAUCAGCAUGUUCCUUCUUCAGACAGCAUUUGUGUGAGCUCUGAUUCAUAACAUUUGUGCCAUGUUUAUAAAUCAGUUUUUUAUAUUUUUGUACUGAGAGCAAUUGGAGCACUUUAGAAAAGUUUAUUUCAAAUUCCAUUUCUGUUUGUGCCCGGAAGGAAAUCUCUCACGGAUGGAGAUCCUGUUGGCAUAGCUGCGUGCAUCUCACUCAGAGCUGUGAACUCUCUUGAUGCUCUUUAGUCUUAGGUCUGGUUUCUAGGCCCACCUUGCACUGUAAAGAUUUAAUAAAUAAUCAUGGUCCAUGGUUAAAUUGACCAUUUUGUUGGGGAAGAGUUUGGUUUUGUUUUUUUGUUAGGGUGUAAACAUUGUAAAUAUUUCCUUUACUGUUGAUACUGCAGUAGCAACAUCUUUGUAGUCUAUUUUAUUUGUAAAGUUGAUGGUUAAAUGUUAAUAUUCUGUUGAAUUGUGCACUCUUGAUUAAUUGUAAACUUGAUCUUAGCACACCAAAUGAUGAUUUUUACAAUUAUUGCAAUGUUUCUCCACUGAAGGAUUUCAAAGCUGCAAUAGGACUGAAACCAACUUCUAGCAAUAAAAAAAGAACAUUUAAAAAC